GUCCUUCCUUCCAUUUCAUCUGAUUCAUUUAAUACAUAUGCAGUUUUUGUUCCUUAAUGAAUGAAGCUGUUUUGAAGCUGUGAGAUGGUCUAACUUUCUAGCUAUUGCAUUUUAUUUACUAAAUUCUUGGUUAGCAGCACAUUUCUUAUAUGGCUCACAAAAUGAAAUCUUGAUUUAUGAAACCAUUUGGGACUGAAAAUAUGACAGGAUGGGAUCAAGCUCCUUGGACUAGUUCUAAUUCACUCAAGAAUUCUUCUGAUUGAGUUAAUGUACAUUUUCUUGAUCUUCAUUUUUCCAUUUUUCUAUUACAUUAUAAAGAUAGUUUCUUGACAUGGUCAUGCUAUUUAACUGCCCUACAGCUGGUUCUGGUUUUGUGUGCUGAGUUUUGUGUAAAAGAGCUGGCUUUAAGUAAGAUAUAAGGCUUUAACCUACCCUCUGCUAUUUGAUGAAAUGCUUCAGUUUCGAUUUGAUGAUGGAUGACUUGAACUGUAUUGCAGACAUGUCAUUUUUGCAAAUGCUUCAGUUUCCAUUACACAAUGGUAUCCACACAUCCUAGACCCUUGAUGCUAAUUUCAAUCUAGUGCCUGCAUCCUUAUUUCAAGAAAAGGCAUCAUAAAAGAAGGGUUGUGCAGAAGCCUUUUUGGAUUCAAUUAUAAAUAGGUGGAUUCUUGAGGAAAGGUUCUUGUCCAAUACAAUGUGCUUGAAGUGGCUCUGACAUGAGAAAGCUGUUGGAUGCAAUGUCUUGUAGACUUGGCACAUUGACAACCUAUCCAAGCUUGCCUUCUGAUGAUAUGAUUAAUGAUGGAUGGUUACCGAACAAACCAAUUGGUAUUAGGCGUUUAGGACUGAGAAAUCCAUGAAGAUUUCAAACUUAAGCUGAAGUGAUAAAGAUAUCAGCCUUGUCAUUCAUGUUUGACUUCAUACCAGCUGAAACUACAUAUACUUUGAGGGGCAAUUGCUUG